AUCCUCAUCUCUCUCUCUCUCUCUCUCUCUCUCUCUAGUAGUAGGAAUGGGGGCUCUGAGACUACCUUCUCUCUCCUCCAUAUUCACCUCCUCCUCUUCCACCACCAGAUGCCUCCGCUCGCCGUCGAUUUUCCGGCGCCAUCACCGCCUCCGCCUCAGCCUCCCUCCGCUUCCGCUCACAGCCGCCAAUUUCUCCGCCCAGAGCACUGCCGAGAAAGAGGUUUCUCCGGUAACCAGCGAAGGCGCGAGCCAGAAGUCCAGAGUUCAAGACCGAGCCAUAACGCCUCGGUCUCAGGACUUCAAUGCUUGGUACCUCGACAUCAUUGCCAAUGCUGAGCUCGCCGAUUACGGCCCUGUUCGUGGUACUAUGGUCAUUCGACCCUACGGUUACGCCAUUUGGGAAGCGAUUCAGGAUUAUUUGAAUGUUAAGUUCAAGGAGACUGGUCACAGUAAUAUGUAUUUUCCACAGUUUAUACCAUACUCAUUCAUAGAGAAAGAAGCUAGCCAUGUUGAGGGUUUCAGUCCAGAAUUGGCUGUUGUGACUAUUGGAGGAGGAAAGGAACUUGAAGAAAAACUUGUGGUUAGACCUACUAGUGAAACCAUUGUGAAUCACAUGUUUACUCAGUGGAUUCAUAGUUACCGUGAUCUUCCUCUUAUGGUCAACCAGUGGGCAAAUGUCACAAGAUGGGAGAUGCGCACCAAACCCUUUGUGAGAACUCUUGAAUUUCUUUGGCAGGAGGGCCACACUGCCCAUGCCACUCUAGAAGAAGCAGAGGAGGAGGCAUUACAGAUGAUUGAUGUCUAUACAAAAUUUGCUUAUGAGCAAACUGCAAUACCUGUUAUUGCAGGUCGAAAAUCAAAAGUGGAGACUUUUGCUGGUGCUUCCAAGACUUAUACAAUUGAGGCUAUGAUGGGUGAUCAGAAGGCUCUUCAGGCUGGGACCAGCCACAACCUUGGCCAGAACUUUUCUCGUGCUUUUGGAACGCAGUUCACUGAUGAAACUGGACAAAGGCAACAUGUAUGGCAGACAUCAUGGGCUAUCAGCACCCGUUUUAUUGGUGGUAUUAUCAUGACCCAUGGAGAUGAUGCUGGUUUAAUGCUUCCUCCAAAGAUUGCACCAAUACAGGUAGUAAUUGUACCAAUUUGGAAGAAGGAUGAUGAAAGAAUAGGAGUUCUAAAUGCUGCAUUAUCUGUGAACAAGAUUCUGAAUACUGCAGGGAUCAAAGUAAAAAUUGAUGACACAGAUCAGAGAACCCCAGGAUGGAAAUUCAAUUUCUGGGAGAUGAAGGGAGUCCCUCUCAGGAUUGAAAUUGGUCCCCGUGAUGUUUUAAGUGAGAGUGUGGUCAUAUCUAGGAGAGAUGUUCCUGGAAAACAAGGAAAAGUUUUUGGGAUAUCCAUGGAAGCUUCAAUUCUGGUAGCUUAUGUGAAAGAUAAGUUGGAUGAGAUCCAUUCUUCGCUUCUGGGGAAGGCAAUUUCAUUUCGGGAUAGUAACAUUGUGGAUGUGAACUCAUAUAAUGAGUUGAAAGAUGCAAUUAGUCAGGGGAAAUGGGCAAGGGGUCCCUGGUCUGCUAGUGACAAAGAUGAGUUGAGGGUGAAAGAAGAAACAGGGGCAACGAUCCGGUGUUUCCCUUUUGAACAGCCCGAAGGCAGAAGUAAGACAUGCUUGAUGACGGGCAAUCCAGCAGAGGAAGUUGCAAUUUUCGCCAAGUCAUACUGAAUCUCCAGGCAUGCACUAAUAUCCAUUUUCCGGCAACUAUGUUCUCUAAUCAAUUGUUGGUGUUCUUCCUCAUAAUAUGUAGUAUAGAUUGCACUAGGCUGUGUAUUUUAUGAAUUGUUUUGAAGUUUCAAAGCUGAUAGUUCAUUAUAAGUCGUGAUUUCUAUAAAAAAUGUACAUUUAUGAAGACAAUUUUGGGAAAAUGGAGUUUUUCAGGAAGAGUGAGGCAUUGGUAUAAGGUGUUGCGGAAUGAUUUUUGAAGUAAAUUUAAGAUCCUGAGAGCAGGAGGGUUGUCCUGGUGGUCGGGGCGUUAUUGAAAGAAAUGAUCGUCUGUGUGCUCUCUUUUGAGCUGGUUUCAAUAUAUACCUACAUGGAUGUUGAACUAUUUUCAAAUAUUCAUAGUUAUUUGGGGAUCUUCAAAA